CCUACCGUCCUCACUCCUUCAGCUGGCGCUGUAGCUAGACGGUGUCUUAGGACAACGAUCUUGUGUCUCUGAGAGAGAAUCUGGCAUGAUGGUCACCCCAUCGUCAAAGAAGAAGGCACAGAAGCAACAGCAGGGUGAGAUGACCGCAGGGCCCAAGAACGAGAUCACCCCUGCCCCUGGUGAUGCCCGCGGGACCGGCAACCCCAAUCCUGGUGCCUCAGCCCCCUCAGUCUCCAGUGACCUGUCUCCAUUGGAGCUGAGGCGUGUGGUGCCCCAGACAGGCCAGGGUCCUUGGGCCAGGGUCUCCAGACCUCAUAUGCGUGUGGCGUGGCCACCAUGGGGCGAGCCACGUGGGGCUCUGGCCAGGCCGGCGGGCCCCGACCUAGACCACGAGCCUAGUGAACUGCUGUGGGAGGGAGCAGCCCGGCUGGGAGGAGGCUGCCCAGGCUCAGAAGCCUCCGUGGCGGCGCUGUUUCCUGGGCUUCCCAAGCCUCAGUGCCCAGUAUCCUUGUCUCCAUUUUCUCCAGGGUCUCAGCCUAGCGGUCGCCGUCGUUCUCGGGUUUCUUCGUGGGGUCACGAAUCCCGGCCGGGUCUUGCCCUCCGGAGUCAGGCCAGAGCAGCAGGUCCAGCUCUCCGCAGUCAAGCAGCCAGGCCUGGCCCUGCAGUCUUCAAUGGUGAUGCCCCACCGCCAGGCCCCGCCUUCCGCAACCAUGCUUCUGGGUUGGGCGCUGCUUUUUGCAGCCUUUCAUCUGCCCCAGGCCCUGCCCUGCGAGGUGGUGCUUCUGUGCCAGGCCGCGCUCUCCCGCGUCGUCAUUCAUCCACUCGCCGCGCGUCCGCGCCGGUUCCUGCUCACAGCCGCCGUGUCUCCGCGCGGGGCCCUGCCCCAACCCCUGCUUCCCGUGGCCGUGCAUCUAGGCCAGGCCCUGCUCUCCGCAGCCCUGCAUCCGGGUCAGGCCCUGCCCUCCGAAGCAGAGCCAACCCGCUAGGCCCUGCCCUGCCCAAUGGCUGUACACCUCCAGGCUACGUCCUCCGGAGCCACCCCACCCAGACGUCAUACCCUAGAAGCCUUCCCUCUCUGCCUGUGCCUACCGGCCUGAGUCCUUCUCCUGGGUUGGCCUCACAAGAAUUUGUGAGCAACUCAAGCUCUCCUAAUCCUGAGGUUCCAAGCCUUGAUACCCAGCCCCGUUGGCAUGCAGUCCGUAUGCGGGCCUCCUCUCCCUCACCUCCUGGUAGGCUCUUCCCUUUCUCUGGGCCGAGUGAUGAGGGCUCCUCCUCUUCCUUCUCUCCCUCCUCCUUCCCCUCCUCCGGGUCUCCUGGCCAGAGCUGCUGCUACACCUCCACCUUCUCCUUCUCCUCCCUCUUCUUCUUCUCCUCCCCUUCUUCCUCCUCCUCUUCUUCCUCCUCCUCCAAUGAUUUUUCUGACCAGUGUCCCUCUUCCCCAAAGUUUUGUGGCUUGGGCUCCAUCUCCACUCCUAGUCCUGCAAGCCUCAGGCGUGCCUUACUGCCAGAGUUUGAAGCCCUGAGCCCUCUCUCUUCAGGAGAGCAGAUUGAAAUAGGGAGCGUGCCUUCUCCCACUAUACCCCCUGGGGUGUGAGCUACCAUGAGUAUAUUCCUUAAACCACAAAAGGAAUUAGCAUGCACCCACUGACCUGAAGGGAGUGCCUGCUCUGCAGUUUCCUUUGAGGUUUAUGAGUGUUCUAGCUAUUAACCAUUAUGAGAAAUUUUGUUGCUGUUUGGUGAGUAGUUUUGAAGCCUCUCCUUCCCAUAACUGCACUACCUAGCACUUAUCUGCUUUUGGCCCUUGAUUUCAGGCCUGCUUUUUCCUCAUAAAGGCCUGCCUUUGCCCCUGAGUUGAGAUUG